AUGGACUUGAAGAGCACCAUGGUCGACUCUCAGGGUGGCGAAGCUGUCAAUCAAGAGCAGUCUCCGACUAGACUGAUCCGAAGCGCGUCCGUCACAGACCUACCGGCUUAUUUUGGAAUCUCCAAGGACACCAGAGCGCGUGCUGAGGUCGAAGUUCGCCAAUCUCACCCAAGCCCAAGCACGCCUCCAGAGUCUCGCUUGCAGGUGGACCCCUGCUCGACACCCGUUACAGCGAUCUGCCUUCCAGCGCCCAAUCACGCCCACGCCCGUGCGUCUCCAGCCAACAGCACAACGCCAACACGGUCGAGCAGAGUUGGACGGCCUCCUUCCCAGCUGCAAACUCAACGUCAACGAAGCACGUCCGCCAACUCGUCCGCCCCGCCCUCUCACUCACGUCCGACAUCGAACCCGGUAGCGCUGCGAUACGCUCUAGCCUCGUCUCCGACCUAUCCAAGCCGUCUUCGCCUUCGCUCCGUACCUACCGCCGUCACCCUUGCCCAAGCUAAGCGCCAGCCGAGCAAAUCUCCUUGUCCAAGCGGGCACCGACGCCAAUUCCUCAACGUCGAACCGGAACCUUUGCACCACAGGAGUGGCCCGAACCCCCAGAUUUACGUAGCGCAUGCGAAAGCCUUCGCAACCAUGAACGGCAUGAAUGGAGGCGCCGUGCCCACCGGCAUGGUCAGCAUGCCGACUCCCGCCGGCCACCAGUCUGAGCUCAACUACAUUUACGGCCUUGUCGAGGAACUCAGCAAGCAACUCGCCGAUAAUAGGCGGCAGACUGAAGAGAUUGUGCUCAAUGUCGGCCGCAUUCGAAACCGAGCGCGCAACCAGGCCCUGAGCAAUGAAGAGAUUAUCAGUGCCGCGUCCGAGGAGGUCAAUGGCCAGGAAAAAAACAUGGAUACCAUGGUCUCGAUUCUCACCGAGGCUCUUGAGAAGGCCAAGUACAGCCGUGACGCCAAUGCUGCUCUCCUAAACGACUACGCCCGCGCUAUGGACACCAUGGUCCGCCAGCUUCACGACUACAAAGCCAACCAAGUCGUCGAGAUCGCCCGCUGGCACCGGUCAUACCGCGACCAGCUCGCCGAGGAGCGCGAGGAGAAUGCUCGCCUGCGGGAGCAAAUCUGGGAUAUGAACCGUCGGGCUGCCCUCGCUAAUGAGAUGUUGCGCGAGUUCAGAAACAACUACGAGAAGAGCGAGGAGCGAUGGGCACGCCGAGUAGACCACACUGCCACGCGACAGGAAAUACGCUUCUGGAAACGCAUGGCAAUGCCCGAAAUUCCCGCCGAUGACCCCUACUGGAGCGACGACGACGAUCUCAUCGACAUUAAAGAGAAGAUCCGCCAACGAGAAAGGGAGCAGCAAAACAGGGCGCAUCAGGAGCAGAUGGCUGCCCAAGAACAGGAACUGCCCGAGGGCUCUGAACUACUGCCCGAUAUGCCCCAGAAUCAAUUUGGAGGAGUUGCAAUGCAGCGAGAUGAAUCGUCCCUUCCUCCCCGUCCAGACAGCGCUGCGAGCACUGGAUCCUCGGGCCAGUAA